AUGGAGGUGCAAGCGCUGUUGGAAAGUUCUCAGUGGAAGGCAUCCGCAUUGUCCACAUUGUGGAGGCCACUGGAACAAGAUGCAGGAUCUGAGCUUCACGCCGCCAGAGCGGGAUCCGUCGCGCAGACCGAAGAGUCGUGGACGAUCUCCGCAUGUGAAAAACGAGCACCGGAGGAAGCAUCGACGAAAGAGACUCCGUCUGCCUCUUCAGUGCUAGCCACAGCCCAAGCGGAGAUGGUGAAAGAGAUCCGAGAAGCCUAUACAGACGAAAAAGACAUGCCAGCCAGUGUGCGGCGCAUGGUGGAAAAGCACGAUCCCAACAGCGGACGCCAGCUUACGGCUUCUAUGAACAAAACCACAAAGGAUCUGGAGAAGGCCCGAGACAGCCUGCAGAGGCUCUCAGAUGCGAAAGCAAAGCACCGCAGCAAGUGGAUGAACCACAUGAAGAGCCUCAUGGAGACCUUAUCCAAGCAGGUCGAAGCCUUCGAAGACCAGCAGAGAAGCUACAACGACAAGAUCAAGACCGCCCAGAAGGACAUCACUAUCACAAGGAGAGAGUUGAGGAGGCUUACAGCGCAAGCUGCAGCCGACCACUCUGCGGAGGUGGUGGAACCGACCCUGGACGAGGAAGAUCAGACAGACAGUGCAGUCGAUGUGGAAGAGGACGAACUGCGCACACAGGUCUACGACCUCCUGUCCAAGUGUCUGAAGAAGGCCGACAAAGCCACUGUGGUGGAGAUCAAUUCCGACGAGGAGCACAUGGAUACCAGUGCCGAAAGGGCCAACAAAAGGCCUCUGACAAUUGGCAACGGUGGUGAUUGUCUUCGGAAAGACCAUCGGGAGCCAGCCUACUUCACUGCCAAGGACGCCGGCAACUUUGUUGAGGCCUAUGACUAUCAGCAAGAUGGUUGUGCAGCAAGCAGAGAUUGCAGCUAUACGCCUUGGCCACUACAUCCACGAGCAUACAAUGAUGAUGUUUGCGUUUAUCCAUUCAUGGCCAUACACAAUGCCCACGUCCUUGCCCAUCAAUGCGGAAGUUUGGACGAUGAGCCUGUUCAACAUGCUGAUGAGGAUUCUUGGAUCUCCUGUUUUGCACCGCUGCCAGCUUGGGACUUCCUGACCUGGUCUCAGACCCUUACUGAAGCAUGGCAAGGCAUUCUGCGACCACAACAAGCAGUAAGCUUCUUUGUUGUUGAGCCAGAGCCACCCAUUGCGGAGUGGGAGAACCACCAUGCCCAGCUGAUUCUUGUACAAGCUCCACAGCAUUUUGAAAGAGCAGUGCUUUUCAGCUCUGUCUAUCAUGCACAUCAACAAGUGGCCUUUCAACGCAUUGCACGUUUUUUCCUUUCUGAACUGCACUUACAGGAAUGCAUUGACAAUGCAGAAGUCUCCAGACAGGUGCGACAUAGGCCUAUUCAGGCCUUCUAUGGAUGGCGCCCUAUACUAUCGCCUCCACAACCUCGCACUGCAGUCGUUGAUGGAGCUGCAGUAGUACUACAUGUACGGCAGGCGCCUGAGACAUUGGGCCAAUUUGAGCGAUAUCCAUUUGAUUUUCUCUGGCAAGAAGAUGAGUAUGUGCCACAGCAUACAUCACACAGAACACGAAGCCGAUCACCGCGCCGGCAAGAUUCAGCCAGUGAUGACGAUGUCUCCUUUUUGGCACAUCAACCAAUUCAAACUCGACCUGCACCUGCUCUUGCUGAUCUUCCUGAAGUUGCACGAGAAGCACACAUGCUCACAGAGGAUGAAGAUGAGGAAACUGACUCCAGUGCAUCGGCGUCCACCUAUGACAGCGAUGAACAUCGAGUCCGACAUGUCAUUGGAUUGGCAAGACAUGAAAUCCAAUACAUCUACAUGGUCAAUUACAGACCUGCUGACUUGUAUGCAGCCGGCACAUAUGUUGCUCUUGUUCUGCGUGCCAAUGACCUUGACACCGGUGACACCAGACGUAUGGUUCUUGUUGACAUCGUCUUCCACGAGCACAAUGCGGCUGACACCACGACACAUCGAUAUGCGACGUUGGUGAGGAAGGAUAUGACCAGAAGGCUCCUUCUUGAAGAUCUCAAGCUGCAAGCCUACUGCAAACAAGUCAAACAGCAGUGCAUUGUCAGGAUCAAUGGCAAGCUUUUACCGCUAUCCAACCAUCUCCUUUUUGACAUGCAUCAUGCUGAUUACAUUCGAAUUGACCUUCCUCCGCAUGCGAAACGGUCUCUUUCAUCCAAAGCCAUUGCGCGAUGCCUACGAGAUGGAUUAUCAAUGGCUGAAGCACAGAGGCUUUUCGAUCAAGCAAUCAGAGACCCAGCCUCGGCAACUGCUUUUUGCCAACAACUGCACAAUCCUAUAUGGAAUUUGGAUCCACACCAAUCUGCAGAUCAUUUAGCUCGGAAUGCUUACCAUGCCUUGCAGCAGAUCACGCCGAAGAUCCACCGAUGGCGACGCAAACACCAUGUGGAUGAGUCAACCUGGGCGCUUGUAGAAGAGAAGAAGAUGCUCUGCAGACAAUUCAAAGCUCUGAGGAAAGCACGCUCCAACACCAUCCUGCAGGUGAUGUUUAGUGCUUGGAGAUCACAGACCCAGGAUGUUCCUCACCAUCUCUACACUGCACCUGCCACAUGGAUGAAGAUGAUUGAUCAUGCCAUCGCUACGACAACAACCCAAAUGCAGACUGCAGCAAAACGAGCCUCUGAGGCAAUCCGCAAAGCUGAUACACAAUAUUACCUGUCUCUGGCUGAGCACGCAGGACAUGCCUACACCCAUGAAGGGUUGACAGCAGUCUGGAAGCAAAUCAAAGCAGUCCUGCCCCGCAACAAGCUCAAGCAGACCCAAGCGAGACACGAGAUGAGUGACUCACUGCUCCAUCACUUUGCGGAACUUGAGGCGGGCACUAUCUCUAACCAGGCCAAGAGUCGACAGAGCUGCAUUGACCGCAACAACAAGGAUCUCGCAGCAGGACCUCCGUCUCGACAGCUUAUGCUUGAAGACUUGCCCACACUGGUCGAAAUUGAAGACCUGUAUGCCGCUUCGCCGCCAAAGAGAUCGCCCCCUACAUCCACAACGUCAUCCUCAAAUCCUUCCUAUGGGGCCUAG